AUGGAGCUGGGCUCUGUCACAAGCUCGUCGCGCGCUACCCACGCAGAGACGGAGAGUUCGUUCGACACCGAUAAACCUUCGCCCCAGCUGUCAAAGGAACCUUUCGAGGUCGAGGCGAUCUACCAGGAGACAGCGAAGGCGCCUGCACCCUGGCACCGAAGACUGGUCAGGAGAUUGGCUCCGAGAUACCCUCGAGUCGCCCGUGUCGUACGUUAUGUACAGGGGCCGCGCCCAAAAGUCGACCUGCCAGACCCGACGCCUUUCCUGAAUCUCACACUCUACACCGGUCGCCGCUCGCGCAGCCUCUCGCUCGAGCCAUUCCUGCGCCGGGUUACCAGACCCUUUACCAAUCCCUGGCUAUUCGUCAUCCUAGCUGCGGUGUAUAUCAUCGGGCUCGCCUUUUUUGCCCGGGCACAGUCGUUCUUGACGCCGUCGGAUUCCUUCAUUGGAUGUACCGCGACGUACUGGGGUGCCAACAAUGGUUGUGGGCUUAACGGCGAGAGCUGCGAACCGUUUACGGAUUCGACGUUCGACUUCCGCUGUCCUGCGGCGUGCAGUUCAGUCGUGUUGGAGAACCCCAGAACUGUAGGCAACAUUCAGGCCGACUACGUACCUCUCAUCGUAGGCGGAGGCGAUGCCAAUCAGACAUACAGGGGCGAUACGUUCAUUUGCGCUGCUGCGAUACAAGCUGGCCUUAUCAGCAAUUCCAAGGGCGGCUGCGCAUCUUUGGCUCUUGUCGGCAACUACACGAACUACAUACCCUUCACUGCCAAUGGGCUGACCUCCCUCGGUUUCCCCACUGCCUUCCCCCUGUCAUACCGCUUCUUGUCCAGCACGCCCUUACAUCACUGCGAGGACCUCAGAACACCUGCGCUCGCUUGGAACAUCAUCGUCACCGCUCUCGUCUUCCUUGUCCUACGCCCGAAGCCUAUCGUCACCUUCUGGUGUCUGGUUUGCAUCGGCUUCUGGCAUGUCGCGCUCUUCUCCCAACCAAUGGCGACUCCGCCUCCUCUCGAUAGCGCGUUUGGUGCCUUUCUCCCCGCACUCUUCGUCUGCUAUGCAUUUUGGCGUCUGGCAAUCCGCUUCACGCUACCCGCAUUCAGAAAGGCCCCUAUCGAGGCUUCUGUCUGGUAUCUGCCGACAUUCUGGGCUGGCGUCCUGACGAACAUCACCAUGGACAAGAUACCGAUUAAUCGCCUCGUAGCGUCGGAUCUCAGCCAGCAGCCAGGGGCAAUCACCGCGCUCAUCGUCAUCAUCAUUAUAGUGCUGGUAAUAGUCAUCAACCAGGUCCGGGUCAUACGCAAGACGGGCUGGCUACCGCACUACCUCGGAUGGUAUGUCGCUGGUGGCUUGGUCACUAUGAUCAUCGCGCUGCUGCCCGGGCUCGAGUUCCGGCUGCACCAUUACAUCAUCUCGAUGGUCCUCAUACCUGGGACGGCAUUCCCGACGCGGCUCUCCGCUAUCUACCAGGGCUUCUUGCUGGGUAUGUUUCUCAAUGGCGUCGCCGCCUGGGGCUUCGAUUCUAUCCUACAGACUGCUGCGGACCUGCAAGGCGAUGGCGCAUCGGGAUCGGCGAUGCCCUCGUUCAUCACAAACUCGACCAACUGGAACGCAUCCGUAGCGCUGCAGAACCAGACCGUCUCCUGGGCCGCGCUACCCUCUUCCGGCGGCUGGGAUGGGUUCUCCCUCAUUCUUGACGACGUGGAGCGUUAUACGGGAACGGCCCUGAACUUCUCUCUGGCUGCAUUGCAGAGCGGUCUUCCCCAUUUCUUCCGCCUAGCUUAUACGAGCUCAGACACAACAGGUGACUACACUAUGCCCGCAACCUUAUGGCCGAAUGGGACAUGGGUCGAUCCUCUGCCUGGGACAUCUACAUGA